GAGGUCAUGUAGGGACUUUCUCACGGCAACGUGCUUGGGUGGGCUGAGACGAUCACCAGACGACAUAUGUCACAGUUCACUGAGUACUCACAGCGUAAAUAGUACUGGCGGGCUUACUGAUGUGCGUAUCCACCGUUCUCCUCUCUGGCCAUGCAUCCACCGUCCCAUCCAUACGAACUCGGAAGCAGAAGGCUUCGAAGGAGUGGAGAUGCCGGCCAUCAUUCACUCUCCUGGGCAUGGACUGGCGUCAUUCAUACCCACUCGUCGACACUAGUGGGUCUGCAGCGUUCCGAUCAACAUUUGCAAUGCAUAAAAGAUCGCAUAGUUUAUAUAGCGUCUGCAGCAAGCGACAAACUGAUAGACGAGUGCAUCAGAGCAGAAGCUUUAUACCAAGAGAUGAUGCUCGCAGUGUAUCAGUUAUAUCAAUUAUAUCAAUUAUUACUACCAUUAACGGAGCAAAUGGCUGCAUCCUGGGGCCUGUGACGCAUGUCAUCCAUCUGAUCUACAGCACUCGUCACGAAACCUUACAUCGCCCUAUCCUACACUCGUCCUCCUUCUCAGACAAUGAACACAGUUCACGACGUCGGGAUGGAGACUUCUGGCGAUGUCGAUAGUAAGAAACUGCGAAGUAGCCUGCGGUUAUUGAGGACUGGCUAGAGGAAUUGAAGUGACGU